UUCGUUUCACUUGCCAUCUCAUCUGAUUUUGGCUUAAUUUACUUAUAUACUUCCUUCUAGAUAAGUGACAAAUAUGAUCAUCUGAUGUUUGUAUGUAAGAGAAUAAAGUAAAAUGGAGCAGCAUCUGAAAAGCUGAAUGUACUGAAACCAUUGAUUGCUUCGCUUACGUUAUAAUUAUGCAAUGUGGUGCCUUGUAUCACAUUCUAAAAACUUGUUAGAUGUAAUCAUUAUCUUUAAAUCAAAUUGAUUUCAGGUUGUCUUCGAAUCUAAUGAUGUUAUUUUACUUGAAACAACUCAAAAUUCAUUGACUAGUGAGUGGUGUUAUUAUUUGAAUAUCUAUGUGAGUACUUUGUGGUUCAAUUGCAACAUGCUACAGAGACAUUUUGCGGUCCAUGCUUUCUUGGCAUUUUUAAGUGAGCACGAUUAAACAUGUUGUAUGAUCAAGUUUUGUUGAACACAGGCGAGUCAUGUUCCACAGCAAGUGCAGAUCCUAUAGCAAUGAUGGAAUUUUACAUGAAAAAGGCUGCCCAAGAGGAGAGGAGGAGACAACCUAGACAAUCGAAAUACGAAAUGCCUCCACCUCCUUCUCUUCAAGGACCCGCCAAGAAAGGUCAUCACAUGGGCGACUUCAUUCCUCCAGAAGAGCUUGAAAGGUUUUUGGCUUCAUGUAAUGAUGCCUUUGCCCAAAGGUUGCUAGAGAGGCUGCUGAAAGGGCUAGGAUUCUGGCUAAUAAUGUUGGCCAUAAGCUUUUGUCAAAAAUGGGGUGGAAAGGUGAGGAUCUUGGAAGCUCCAGAAGUGGUAUUGCUGAUCCAAUCAUGGCUGGUGAAGUGAAGAAAAACAAUUUGGGCGUUGGUGCUCAUAACCCUAGAGAGGUGGCGCCAGAAGAUGAUAUAUACGAGCAAUUAUGGUCACUGUUAGAGCACGUUUCAUCCAUCAUGUGCUCGAACUACUGGAUUGUUCGUGAGUGUAAAAACAGUUUGUUUAUUAUUGCUUCUAAGAUGUUGUUUGCUGUUUGUGUUAUAUUCUCUUUGAUGAAUGACAAGUUUGUUUAUUAUUGCUGCAUU